CGAAACUGGGUCAGGCAGACUCGAGGCAGGUCGAGUCAGGCCGAGACUCGAGAGUCGUCCAGGCGUUUUCGGCACGAAGCAGUCCCUUGGAAACCACCCCGAAGCCCAUCGUCGUUUCGCCACUUCGUCGGCAUUCCAACCUUAAAGUCCACGCUCGCGCUAAAGCGAAACACAGCACCCGUUGAAAUCGUGAAGUCGAACCAUCCGGCCGCGAAGAAGACCCGGAGAAGCGAAUUAAGGACUGUUGAGGCGAGGGACACAAGCAGAGACAUGGACAAUGUGCAAAUGAUCGGCACUAAAAUAACAGCAAUCAAGGAAUACUUAUAUAAUUUCGCACGAACGCACUCACCUACCAGACUAAUGAGCUCCGAAAACAACUAUUCGCUCUCCAAGGAGCAUUGCAACCUGAAGUAUUCGGACAUCCUGCCACAUAAUGUAGAAGGCUAUCCUGCUACUAGAGAGUUCCUGAUGAAAGUGGUGGACAUCUUAUUGGAUUUCGUCAAAUCAACGAACGAUAGAAAUGCGAAGAUCCUCGAUUUUCAUCAUCCUGCUGACAUGAUGCGGCUGUUGGAUCUGGAGAUUCCCGACACCGGGUUGACUCUUCAACAGCUUUUAUUGGAUUGUUCAAUGACUUUGAAGUAUCAGGUGAAAACCGGACAUCCUCGUUUCUUCAAUCAACUAUCAUGCGGUCUUGAUUUAGUAUCCAUGGCUGGCGAAUGGCUAACUGCGACUGCGAACACGAACAUGUUUACCUAUGAAAUCGCUCCCGUAUUUAUUUUGAUGGAACAUGUUGUCCUGCAAAAAAUGCGCGAGCUCAUAGGUUGGAAUGGCGGCGAUUCUAUUCUCGCUCCUGGAGGAUCUAUCAGCAACCUUUACGCUUUUCUUGCUGCCAGACACAAGAUGUUUCCAACGUACAAAGAGAAAGGACUCUCUGCCGUCGGAGGACAGCUCGUUAUGUUUACGUCCGAUCAGUGCCAUUACUCUGUGAAAUCAUGCGCUUCCGUUUGCGGCCUCGGAACGGAUAACUGCGUGAUGGUGCCUAGCGAUGAGCGCGGUCGCAUCAUUCCAUCGAAGUUGGAAGAACUGAUUCUGGAGCGCAAGGCCAGAGGUCACAUACCGUUCUUCGUGAACGCCACGGCGGGAACGACAGUUAUUGGUGCAUUUGAUCCGAUCCCAGAAAUAGCUGAUAUCUGUCAAAAGUACAGACUCUGGUUGCAUGUUGACGCGGCUUGGGGUGGUGGACUGCUUCUGUCGAGAAAGUAUAGGCAUCCGAGACUGACUGGCAUCGAACGGGUUGAUUCGGUGACAUGGAAUCCUCAUAAACUUAUGGGAGCUCUGCUUCAAUGUUCCACGAUUCACUUCAAGGAAGACGGCCUACUGAUCAGCUGUAACCAAAUGUCCGCGGAGUACCUGUUCAUGACGGACAAGCUAUACGAUGUGAGGUACGACACUGGCGAUAAGGUCAUUCAAUGUGGACGUCAUAAUGACAUUUUCAAGCUUUGGCUGCAAUGGCGCGCCAAGGGUACAGAGGGUUUCGAGAAGCACAUGGAUCGUCUGAUGGAACUGACGGAGUACAUGGUUAGGAGGAUCAAGCAAAUGUCCGACAAGUAUUAUUUAAUUCUCGAGCCUGAAUUAGUGAACGUCUGCUUCUGGUACUUACCUACGCGCGUGCGAAACAUGCCACAUACCGCAGAGAAGAUAAAGAUCUUAGGCGAGAUUUGCCCAAUUCUGAAAGGACGCAUGAUGCAAGCUGGUACACUAAUGGUUGGCUAUCAGCCGGACGACCGACGACCCAACUUCUUCAGAAACAUUAUCUCCAGUGCUGCCGUGACGGAAGCUGAUGUCGAUUUUCUGCUGGCUGAAAUGGACCGACUGGGUCAUGAUUUGUAA